GCGCACUGCGUCUGCCGCCGGCUGUCAUGCGGGUGUUUUGGUUUGGGAACUUUGGUUAAAAUAAUCUAAUUUUAGCAGAUCGCAGUCGCAAAUCCCACCCUGAGAUUUCUUUCCCCAUUCGCCCAAAUGCUCGGAUUUUUAUCCGCCCUUGUUGAUGUCCAACAAAUCGGUCCUCAUCGCCGGGAGUAAGGAUGUGGAAAAAAGAAUUUUCGCAAUUACGAUUGCCGAGUUUCUUGCGUCUCAAAACUACUCGGUGCUGAUCAUCACCAAAUCGUGCGACUUUUUGCCAGAGCCCUUCCACGGGAGGUCGAGGGAUCCAGAUGACUACACAAAUAUCUCGCUAAGAUAUCCACAAAAUUUGAGUGAACUUGGAGCCAUCCUUUUCGACUUCUCCCUGUUCAGAAAAUUAUCCAAAGGACCUUUCACGAUUAUUGCAGAGAAUAUUGAAGAUUUUGGAGCUUCCGUAGAGCAAAUUGCAAAACUUGUAGCUGCACUCGUUGGUUCUACACCGUACAUUCCUUCCCAGGUUUACCCUAAGUUGAUUGUCACUCUCAACACAGACGUGCAGAGUUUUCCUGUCGCUAGCCUUUCGUGCUUAUUUGAUUCUGUCUGGCUUUCUGAGAAAAAAGAAAAAGAAGUCUCUCUGUCAAUGUCUGGCAGAGGACGAGUUUGCUUCGAGGAACUGGAACUGACUUCCGACUGCCCGAAUUUGGUGCUUCGAUUGAAGAGUAUUCUCCACUCAACACUUCAAUAAGAGAGGGUUGAGAGCCUUCAUAUUAUUGAAGUCGGCCACAUGCUCCCACACUAAUAUCGCCUUCUCAUUAAUUUCGUACUCCAUCUCGAUGCGCUGAGUCUUGGCGUGGAGCAAAAAGUAGAGAACGGACGCCAGUGCACAAAUCAAAGCGACGUUUUGCUUGUUGAAGCGCACAACCUGCAUUUUGAACUGAAUGGAGAAAGACUGAUAAGCAGUGCGAUGGUCAACACAAAUGAACAGUAAGAGGAUUAUGCGAAAAGUGCAGCCGGCUCUCAGAAUGACCUCACGCCUGUUCACUUUGCGGACGCCGCCCCGGCUGCGGCUCCUCUACGCAGCCCUGAUUUCUGUCCUGCUCUACGUCCUCUAUUACUUUGGUAUUUUCACCCACCUGCUGGAAAAGGACUACUUCACACAAUUCGAGUACCCGCUGAAUGAGGACAUCACGGUGUACAUCGACCAGCUGCGAAACGGCGACCUGUCCGACCGACCUCCGAUCAACGUUUACAACUACUCAUUUGUCACGGACGCCCACUCCAAAUGCCUCACCGGAGGCACCUUCGCAGAGCUGCGCCUAGUCUACCUGGUCAAGUCCAGCAUGGAUCACUUCGAGCGGCGCCAGGCCAUUCGACAGUCUUGGGGCUUCGAAGGCCGCUUCUCGGACGUGCCGAUCAGAACGAUCUUCCUGCUGGGCACACGCCCCUCCGAACCGGACUCGCAGGUGCGCGUUGACAAGGAGAACAAGCAGUUUGGUGACAUUGUGCAGGCAGACUUUUUGGACGCCUACUACAACAACACCAUCAAGACGAUGAUGGGCUACAAGUGGGCGCGCAGGUUCUGCCCGAAGGCAAAGUUCUACUUCUUCAGUGACGACGACAUGUAUGUGUCCACCAAGAACGUAUUAAGAUUCCUGAGGCACCCCACACGGUACCCCCAAUACUUGGAGGAUCCUGCUGGAAUGGAGGUUAAGCCUGCCAGAAAACUUGAGCAGGUGCUUGAUUUUGAACUUCCCGACGAAGUACAGCUGUAUGCUGGCGAGUUGCGGCACGUAGCUCCAUUCCGGCACCAGUCCAGCAAGUGGUACGUCUCCUUGGAAGAGUACCCGUUCCACCUGUGGCCUCCGUACAUCACCGCUGGUGCCUAUGUUGUGUCCCGAGCGACUCUCGACACUCUCUUUCUAGGCUCAUUGUUUACUAAACACUUCCGCUUUGAUGAUAUUUACCUAGCUCUAGUUGCCAAAAAGUCUGGCGUGGAACCAUACCAUUGCCGAGACUUCCGGUUGAACAGACUUUGGUACGACGGUGCCAUUGAUUACAGAUACUUAAUAGCCAGUCAUGAUUUUUCUGAUCCUGAAGAGCUGAAGCGCUUUUGGGAAAUCCAGCGUGAGGCUGGUAAUGCUUAAUAAUCAAAUCCACCUUAUCUCAUUCUAUAUGAUAUUAUUGACAAUAUGGAUUACUUAGAAGCUGGUAGUUCAUUGUUAUUUUGAGCAGCUUGUUAAUUAAGACUGUUGUCAUGCUAAUGAAUAAUGAUCUAAAUAAUACGGAACCCUGUCUGUAUAAUAAUAUGCUUUGUGCUUCAGAAGGAUUAGUUUAUGAAAGAAGAAAAUGCAUAUAUUGUAAACUCGGAAAACCUUUACAGAUCCAAUAAAAGUAUUAUCAAACAAAAAAAUAAUUUA